AUGAGGGUGUUCUUUCCUUCCAUGUUGGCAAUUGCCAUCUGGGGUACUACGGUUUGGUCCGCGGACAUGCCAAAGAAUCAACAAUGCCUGUUCUCUGUUUACCUUCCUAUAUCUUCUCUGCCUUUCCCAAGCAGCGAAUCCUCUUCUCCCCACAAUGGGUCAUCUUCUAGCUCGAAUGGCAGUUACUCACUGACUCGGGCAAAUCUGGGGGCAGUAUGUCAAGGCACACUAGCACUCACUUCAGUCUACGCUGGUGGACUCGUCUACUGCAGCUCGUCAGAGGUCGAGGCUGGCUUUGAGUACAUUCGUCAAAUUUGCGCAAAAAGCGACUAUAAGCUGCCAGAUCUCACCACAAUUGCUAAGAAGCUUACGGACAAUUACAUCUCUAGCUUGAAAGUAAUUAAUAGCGGCGAUAUAUCCGCGAACGAUACGCUAACGGUGCCUGUCCUUAUCUCAUCCUCGUACUUUAGGCUUUCUUACAGGAGUGUUGACGCUUGGUACGGCGGCAAAUCCCGAAGCCUAACAUAUUGCCUUGGGGUGUAUGGCUUCUGGGCCGGCAUAUUGGGUAUCGGAAUGCUCUAUAACCUCCUGAAUAGCCGUAGCAUCUACAAGAUGACUCAAACUCGAAGCGACAUCGAGCAAUGGGGUACACCAUCCAAAUUAGGGCCAACCUUAAAAUUUGCCGCAAUACAUCACUGGGUACAGACCAACUUCAUCGUGCCUUCCGCCAUAGGCAGCUACCGUCGGCGCUUGCUUUUUGGGUGCACUAUUCCAACCAGGAUGGAGUCCUUGGCUGUCGGGUCUUUUUGGGCUCUUGUCGUUGCUCUCAAUGUUGUGGGUAUGGAUGUGUUCUCCGAAUCGCUUAUGCAGAGUAACGUUAGCUGGCAGGCCUGGCAAUACGUCUCUGACCGAACCGGUAUCCUUUCAUAUGCUACAUUGCCUGUCCUCUGGAUGUUUGCCGGACGGAACAAUAUAUUCCUAUGGGCAACAGGUUGGAACUUCCAGACUUUCAACAUUUUUCAUCGUCAUGUUGCAAGAAUCGGCACACUUCUGGCUAUUGUCCACUCCGUUGCUUACACAGUUGUAUAUGCCUAUUACGUCGGGACCUAUAGGAAUUCAUUAAAGGAAGCUUGGUUCGUCCUUGGUUUCCCGGCAACCGUCGCAAUGAGUGCCCUCUGCCUCCUUACCUCUUGGUCCUGGCUCAGGAGAAGAUUCUACGAGGUCUUCCUGCAGAUGCACAUCCUCUUAUCGGUCGUCGUUGUCGCCGGGGUUUUCGUGCACACAUCCAAAUUUUACGGCACAUACGACCCCCCCCCUCUGGGCACUCGUCGCAAUCUGGUGCUUCGACCGCUUUCUCCGCCUGCUUCGACUCCUGUGGCCACAUAUCACGAGGACUUCGAUAUCAUCAGGCUUGAAGUCCGGCCUGUAUCACCUCUUGUUAACCUAGCUCCAGGACAGUUCUUCUUCUUGUACCAGCCGUUUUCAUGGCGAGGCUACGAAAACCACCCUUUCAGCCUUGCCGCUUGGAAGUACGAAUCUUCCAUUGCUCCACGCAAAGGGCCAGCUGAGUUAGUACCGAGCAAGGGCACUGGAGAAAAAGAAUUCUCUAUCCAUAUCGCAUCAACAUCAUCGACUCCCUUGGAAUCCCCCUCUUCCAACCCCAGCAACCUCCCCACUCCCACGCAGCCCAGACUCACCCUCACCUUCUUGAUCCGCCCCUGUGACGGCUGGACCCGCCGCGUCCGCGACAGCUGCAAGAAGUCCAACGGCGUCUGCACAUCAACCUUCCUGUUCGAAGGUCCUUACGGCCACUCUGCACCCUUGUAUACCUUCGAUACCGUUAUUAUGGUCGUUGGCGGGACUGGUAUUUCGGGUGCGGUGCCGUAUAUUUUGGAUCACAUCUCCCGCACGCAAAAUGGCAGCAAAGACUUGACGAGAAUAACCAGAAUAAGCCUUGUCUGGGCCUCCAGCCACAGAGCAGUUUUCCAAAAUAUCUGUGGCCGUGAACUUGCGCCGGCGAUGGGGAGAGAGGAUUUCGAAGCGAAAUUCUUCUGCACUUGCCCUCUCUCACCUUAUACCGGCAGCAAGGAAUCUGCUUCACUUGUUGAGUCGACUAGCUCAGCCAUCACGGUGCACACUGGACGUCCGGACGUCGAGUCUUUAAUAGCGGAAGCGGCGAGGGGUGCUUCUGCGAGUGAGAGGGUGUGCGUUUUCGCUUGUGGGCCGGCAAAUAUGGCUGAUGAUGCAAGGGCGGCGGUGCAUAGGGCGAUGAACGCUGGUUCUCGCAUUGAGUAUUUUGAGGAGGCUUAUGGGUGGUGA